GCCCCGCCCCAGCCCAGAUUGUGAGAACAGUAAGUGUAUUUCAAAGAAAAAUAUCUUUCAAGAAAUACAGUCAUUGGGGGUAAUAAUAGGUCCACAAUGGAGGUUCCCCCAGCAUCCAAGCUUGGUGAGACCUUUGUGUUUGAAGAUGGAUUAGAGAUGCAGCAAGAACUUUUCCCAGAGGAGGACCUGGGGGACUCUUUCCUUCAGGAAAGAGGUUUAGAGCAAAUGGCCGUUAUCUACAAGGAGAUCCCUCUUGGGGAGCAAAACGAGGAACAUGAUGACUAUGAGAGGAAUUUCAGUCUGUGCUCGAGCCCUGUUCAGCAUCAGAGUAUCCCCCCAGUAAACAGACCUCAGGAUGAUGAAAUAUUCGGUCCAACCUUCUUCCCGAAAUCAGACCUUAGUAUGUGUCCGUUAAUCCAUGGUGGAGAAGAACCCAGUGAUCAUAAUUGUGACAUACUGGGCAGGGGGGACACAGGACCUAAUGAACCUCACAGAACUGCACAACCAGCAAAACCCUAUGCGUGUCGGGAGUGUGGGAAGGCCUUCAGUCAGAGCUCACACCUCCUCAGACACCUGGUGAUUCACACUGGGGAGAAGCCCUACGAGUGUUGUGAGUGUGGGAAGGCUUUCAGCCAGAGCUCACACCUUCUCAGACAUCAGAUAAUCCAUACGGGGGAGAAGCCCUACGAAUGCCCAGAAUGCGGAAAAGCUUUUCGUCAGAGCUCGGCUCUCACACAACAUCAGAAAACCCACACUGGGAAGAGACCUUAUGAGUGUACGGAAUGCGGGAAAGAUUUCAGUCGGAAAGAUUUCAGUCGGAGCUCAAGUCUCAGAAAACAUGAGAGAAUUCAUACCGGAGAAAAACCUUAUCAGUGUAAAGAGUGUGGGAAAUCCUUCAACCAGAGUUCAGGCCUGAGCCAGCAUCGAAAAAUUCACACCCUAAAGAAACCUCAUGAAUGUGAUCUCUGUGGGAAAGCCUUUUGUCACAGGUCCCACCUCAUUCGGCACCAGAGGAUUCACACCGGAAAGAAACCGUACAAAUGUGAAGAGUGUGGAAAGGCCUUCAGCCAGAGCUCUAACCUCAUUGAACAUCGGAAGACCCACACCGGUGAGAAACCUUACAAAUGCCACAAGUGUGGGAAGGCCUUCAGCCAGAGCUCCUCCCUCAUCGAGCACCAGCGGAUCCAUACCGGGGAGAAGCCCUACGAGUGUGGCCAGUGUGGGAAGGCCUUCUGCCACAGCUCUGCUCUGAUUCAGCAUCAGAGAAUUCACACCGGGAAGAAACCCUAUGCAUGCAACGAGUGUGGCAAAGCGUUCCGGCACAGGUCGGCUCUUAUUGAGCAUUAUAAAACCCACACCAGAGAGAAACCUUAUGAGUGUAACAAAUGUGGCAAGUCUUUCAGGGGAAGCUCACACCUCAUUCGGCAUCAGAAAAUCCAUGCUGGGGAGAAGCUCUAGAAGGAGGAGCUCACGUCAAAGCUUGCAAGCCUGUCCCAGAUGGAGCCCGCACCUGAUCACUUUGUCUACAAGCCCCAGCCCACCUCUCUGAUAACAGGGCUGAACUUAGGUGCUCCUGAGCACUCACACCAGCAGCAAGGCCCCCUCGUGGCCCCAGCCAGGUGCCCUGAGCUCAGCAGGUUUACUGAGAGUGAGGGUGGGGUGAUAGGAAGGCCACCAGAAUGGAGGUGCGCCUGAAAAGAGCUGGCCUUCAGUUUUCUCAUUCUCACAUUUGACUUUCAAGCCUAUGAGGUUUAGUUUUGUCUUCUAUUACAGAAUCCAGAAGAGGAAGACACAUAAGAGGGAGAGAGUUGAGUUAAACCCAUGAAGAUGGCAAAUGAACUCUUUAACAUCACGCUGAAGUGUGAUUUUAGAAGAAAUACCCAUGCUCACAGCCCAAGUCAGCUAAAGAAAAACAAAUCCAAAAAUGUAGAUACCUCAGCCACAAAAAUGGAAUCUACUUGGCUUGGGUUCUGGUGGGGACAACCAAAACAGGUCACAGAGCAAAAGGAAGGGCUGAGAGAAUUAGUUCUGGGGUUGGGAGUGAGGAUGCAAGUCCCUGGCUUGGUCUCUUAAUCCUGUUCUGCAUUAGAGUGAGGGUGGUCUCUUUCACAGGAGGGUAGAGGUUGGGUCCUGCAGGCCAGAGGACAUUUGAUGCCUGACUGACUCAGCCCGCAUCCAAGGCAUUAGUGCCUUCUAUGAGUAUCCCCUCCGCAAGAACCAGGCCCCUGAGACCAUGGCAUUCCUUGGACGUCAGCAGGGCCUGUUUCUGGUCUCGGGGAUAUGCGGCCUCAUCUCCACCCUCCAGUGCCAGGGGGUGUUGGAAGCAGGGUGAUUUGCUCAGAGGUCCAGGUUCAAGUCUCAGUUCUGACCCUCCUACCUGUGUGACUCGGAGGAAGCCCUAAGGCUCCGUUUUCCCAUCCAUGAAAUGGGAAUAGUGGGACCUGGCCACAUACCUCUAAAGGUUGGUGCAAGGCUCCCAUUCACAAUGAGACCACACAUGAAAGUGUUUUGGCAACUGACAUUUGAGGACGGACACCAAGAAUGAUCCAUGCCUCACCCCGGGACACUGUCCCCGCAGACCAGAGAGGCCUUCCCAAAAUGGCAGUGCUUAGAGCAGGCCCUUAUUAUACCAGGCUUUCUCUCAUUUCCUCAGGCUUGCAUCCGGGGCUGCGGGUUCCCUGUGAUGUUUUCCGGAGGCCACCCUGAGCAUCCCUGUGGCGGCAGUGUGGUCCAUGUUCCUGUAAUUCUGUCUCUCCCACCACCACCUUGCCAACUGAUAUUCACCCCAGGAUUAUUUAAAAAGUAACAAGCCCACAUCCCACGUGGACCAAUUCAAUAAGCAUCCCCACAGGUGGGCACAGUGGCGUGGUUUUAAAGCUCUCCGGGUGGUUAUAAUUGUCCCAGCACGUAGCCAGGCUGUGAGCCCUGUGCUAGGUACCCAUACAGUUCCAGCAUCUCCCAAAUAUCAGGCUGCCAGCCCUGACUGAGUAGAGCUUGAAGGCGGCCGUUCUGUUUCAAUCCCCCAGGAAUGGACUCUGGCAGUGGCGUCUCUGGUUGGUUGAUAAGUGUUUGUCCCAGGUCCUCGCAAUGAGGAUCUUUAGUACUGGCUUUCACCUGGAUCCCUCAGAGCUAGUGUGGGAGGAGGCAGUCUGAGCUAUUUUGAAGUUUUCCAAAAGUUUAUGGCUGGAAUCCCAUGAAUCCAUGGUGGUAAUGCUGGUUAUUUCACUUAAUCGGAAGCUCAGCUUGGCAGUUAUAUGUAGUUUUGAUGAAUAAAAACAGGAGAGCCAUAAUUGUUACUGAGCAAGUGGGGCUUGAUAGCCAGAGAUUUUAAAACGACAGGUCUGAUGGACUGGAGAGAUCACCUCUGUCCAGUUCCUCUCUUUGCUGUGUGAGUAUGUGAAACAUUUAACCAGAACCUGUUGCACCACCACGUCCUGGUCACGUGGCACCCGCGCAUUGUUGGCAGGUGGCCUACACCUAGUGUCUUCAGGCAUUUACCAGGAGUGGGGAGAGAAUGCUGAGACUCCUGCUUGGCAUGGGUGGAACAGCAAGUUCCCUCCAAGAUCUACCUCCUUGGCAGCCCCCCCACCAUUCCAUCUUAGCUCUGGCCAUGCCUGUCCCUGUUGCGCAGUCGUGUUUCCUGUCUUUAAUGUCUCCCUCCGUGGACUUCUGCACACCCCAGCCAAAUUGAUUUUUUUUUUAAGCAUCACUUUGCACAUGUCACCACUCUCCUUAAAACCAACCCCUGGGGGCUUUUCUGCACAUAAACCCCACUUUAGCUGAUCUAGUUUACCCACUUUAUAGCCACAUGUAGUUCAUUCCAGCCCCUACCCAGAUGUCCUCUCUGCUCACUUUCAUCUUCUCUCAACUGAUAUUACACUGUUCUCACAUUUUGGAAUAUGCACUUUCUCUUCCCCUCAACCCCGUCUCUUUUCUUCCCCUUCACAAUUUAUGUGACAUGAGAUUAAGAUCCCUUUCUGAAGGGUUGACAGAGUCUCACAUAAGCGUGGUAAGACCAGGUACUUCUCUUUUUUGGAAGUGUGAACAGAACCUAAUUCUUUCUGUUCUAUUUCUUUCACUGUUUUGUUAUUAUGUAUUGAGAUUCCUUUCAUUUUAUUUAGGUUCUCAGUGUAAUCUUAUAAGAGAUCACCCUGGUAAUAGUUUAAUCGUCCUUGAAUUUAGUCGUUUGCUUUUGUUUUUGUUGUCUUACCUUUUUUUCUUCAUGGCAGAUGCCGUCGAGUGUUUUAAAUCUCCAGCUCAAUUUUGUUUAGUAAUCGAAUUGUUGCAUCAAAGCAUAUGUAUUCCACUCUUUUCUUUCUUCUUUUUUCCCCUUAAUACUUUACAUUUCUAAGAUUAAUUAUUAAUUACAUUUUGAAUAUUUCUAGUAAAUGUGGGUACUUUGGUCUACAGUUUCUUCUUAGAAGUUUUCUGCACUCCAUAAGUUUUUUUUGUUAUUAGGAAUUUCCUUUUAGCCCAAGUGUUAUUAUUUUUUAUAUAUUUCCAAGUGACGAAUGUUUAAGUCAUUGCUGUCAUUUCUUAUUGUAUUGUGGUGUCAACAUUUCUAAGUAUCCAUAGAACUUCUUUGGGCCUGAAUAUUUUUAUAAAGCGUUUGUGUACUCUCAAGAAAUAUGUUUUUACUUCAUCAAGUCUGUUAACCAGGUUUUAAAUUAUUUUAUUCAAAUCCAUACUUUCUCUUACCUUUGUUUACUUCAGAGUUCUGAACCUGGGGUCCAUAUACUGCCUAGGAGUCUGCGAGCAUGCAGGGUUUUUUAAAGGUUGUGGACCCCUAGGGACUGGACAAAGCUAUUUGGUUAUGUGCAUGAAGGAAUUGUUAUGGGAAGGGAUGCCUGUAGCAGUCCACACAUUUUGGAAGAGCUCAGUGACCCCAAAAUUGUUAAGAACACUCAUUUACCUGAUCUAAUUGUAGUCUGAUUUUGUGUUUUCUUUAUAUAUUUCUGUUUAUCUUUAAUUACUGUUCCUCUUUUAUGUAUGUUGUUGCUAUGUUAGUUGUGCAAUUAUCUCAACUCCUUUUUGAGAAAUAGGCAGGGUAUAAAUUGUCAAUAAGUAAAUACCAUGAUAUUUGGGGUAUAUAUAUAUAUUUAAUAGUGAUAUAUUGAAAACCGUGCCUUUUAGUGCCCUCUUUGCCUCUUUUAAUGCUCAUAGCUUAAACUUCUCUUUAAAAAAUAUAAUUGAAGCCCUUUGCAUUUGCAUGAGAGUUUAUUUAGCUCAGCAUUUUAUUUGAAAUUUGUGUAUAUAUUUUGCCAUAUAUCUGUAACUUAUAAACACCAAAUUGUUGGAUUUUG